UAGGCUCUUCCAAGAUUCUCUUGCAGCAGCCCCCAAGGGUCAUCCCGCAAUUAAAUUAUAGAAAACUGAAGACCCCGUCUCUUCCUCCCGGCACUACAGACUCCGCCAUCUGUGCUGUUGUUAAGGUUCUUCCCCUUCCACCAACGGUUGGCCCCGCCAUUCCACCUAAAUUUAUUGCGCCGUCAUUCUACGUGCAGUUAUUAACUUUUCUGCUCUCUCUCUCUCUGUUUCCUUUACUCUAACACAAUUACGUUUUCCCUUUGGCUUCUAUAAUUAUUACCGGCAUCGUCCCUCUACAAGCUCCUACUACUCUCUAGUUACAUGUGUUGCCAGCGAGUUCGAUAAUCUCUCAAGAAAUCGGUUCGGUAUAUGCGCAACGAACAGUUUAUAGACUUGACACUUGUCACGGCCUAGUCUCGUGAAUUAUCUCAGCGUCCGAAGAAGAAAAAAUUCUGACAUGGUCUUUGACCGUUGUACUACUCUAUCUCGGAAAGCGCGCACUUAACAGAAUAACAUAAGGUCAACCGGGGGACUAAGUCUCGAAACAUAUCCUGCGUCAGACACCAAUAUAAAUCACCUCCUAACUACUACGCGGUUACUGCUCUCGUACUUCGCUCUGGCGCCCCCAAGCGUCUGUUAACGUAGCAUGGCAGAAGACCGUCGACAUAGAGGACAGCAGCCAAAUCACGACCAAAACGACGAGUCUCAGUAUCCUCCAGUUCCCGGUGAGGAAGACGAUCGUACGAGAGUGAUUGCCUAUCAUUCCCGGCCACAAAUGGCUGCAGGGGCAGUAAGAUUGCCCUCUAUGCAAGAUCCCUAUGCCCAGCCUGCUGGUGCUAGAGGUUGGGAUCCAAGAAGCAGCGGCUACGGACCUUCACCUAGUUCUACAAAUGGAUACCCUCCUCCGCUCGCCGCAACAGCGCCUCCAAGUACUGGCUACUCUCCACCAACCGGUGGCAACGCCUACCCUCCUCCGGCCAGCCAUCCGCCUUAUCUUCCUCCAGUUCACGCCCCAGCUCCAGAUCCCAGGGCCAGCUAUCCGCCUCAAGAUCCUAGGGCACAAUAUUUCGCUAAUUACAACUCCCCGAAUCCGUACGAGUUCGCAUACCGGGGUGACCGUGGUGCCGUAGGGCAAUACCCCGAAUUCGCGAGAGGUGGACCUGUAGGAGCUGCUGUGAUGCAACAGUCUGCCCCUCGCCAGCGAACCUCAAUUGCCUGUAGAUACUGCAGAAGAAGGAAGAUUCGUUGCAGUGGAUAUCAGAACUCCCCAGGAGGAAAAUGCACGAACUGUAUCAAGAUGAACCAAGAAUGUGUUUUUCAACCGGUCUCCUCUUCCUCGUCCACCGCGUUUGUUCCCGUUUCGGCACUACCAAACGGCAUUCCGCCGGGAACUCAACUAUUUGGAGCAUAUGGUCAACCAUUAGCAGGUCCAUCAAGUCUUCCUGCAGGUGGUGCUUAUCCGGCUACGAACCCACAAUAUGACCAGCCACUACCAUCGCCUACCAACUCGUACGGUUCUUUUUCGGAGGAGAGGUCUGAUGCAGGAAGGCGGCGACCGAGACCUUCAGAUGAGGAGCACGGCGUACGAUUACCGCCACCGAGCACGUUUCCGGACGAUAAUCCUCGGCGGCGAUCUCCUUCGUCCAGCGGCAGCCCAAGUCACUUGCAACCGUUAUCACAACUACAACCUCAGCCCGUGUCGUAUGUUGGGUACGAUAGCAGAACGCCGCCGCCGAGAGGCAGCCCAUCCGGUCCUCCGGCAGCGCAUCAUAAUACGAGCUCUGUGAUGAGUCUAGAAAACAUAAUGGGCACUGGUCCUAGCCCUAGCAACGAUAUCGAUCAGAAAAUGCUGGGGCGGCUGAAUCGGCGAACACAGCAAUAGGACUACUAGUUUCCACGGAAGCAAGCAUACAGCGGAGGAAUCAGCGGAACUUGUUGAAAGAAAGACCUCGGGAGGGGUCGGGAAAUUAGAUGGCUGCUGGCGGCUUGUUGGAAUGAUAAAUCGGUGAUGAAUUCUGGGUGUCCUAAUCGGUUCCCA